AUCCGAAAGCAAAAGCGACUCGUCACAACUCACACAAGUCAAGAGCGAAUUGUUCUUACUGAUCUGUUCCGCUUACUUUUGUUCUCGAGAGGGUUAGCAGCCUGCAUCCAUCGAUCAUGGAGGACGAGAGGAACACCCAGAGCCACCAGGGUGGUGAGGCUGCAGAGCAGGUGGAGUUGAAGGACAGGGGACUGUUCGACAGCCUCCUCGGCAAGAAGAAGGAAGAUCAACCGGAGGAGAAGAAGCAUGAGGAGGAGCUGGUCACCGGCAUGGAGAAGGUCUCGGUGGAAGAGCCAAAGAAGGAGGAGCACCACGCCGAGGGCGAGAAAAAGGAGAGUCUCCUCUCCAAGCUGCACCGCUCCAGCUCCAGCUCCAGCUCGUCGAGUGACGAGGAAGAGGAGGUGAUCGAUGACAACGGCGAGGUGGUCAAGAGGAAGAAGAAGAAGGGGCUCAAGGAGAAGAUCAAGGAGAAGCUGCCCGGCCACAAGGACAAGGACGGCGAGCAUGCUCCUACGCCCGUGGCGACGGGCUUCCCCGCGCCGGCUCCGCCUGCAUCCGUGGUGACGGCAGCCCCCUCGCCAGCUCCAGCACCCGUGGUGACUCACGGUGCUGGUCACCACGACACCGCUGUCCCCGUGGAGAAGAUCGAGGGUGAUCACGCGAAGACAGAGGUGCCACUGCCACCGGAAGAGGAGAAGAAGGGCUUCCUCGACAAGAUCAAGGAGAAGCUGCCCGGUGGCAGCAAGAAACCGGAAGAUGCAACCGCAGCGCCACCGGCCGCCGCACCGGCUGCUCCGGCGCCAGCACACCCACCACCGGUUACAGAGGAGGUGAGCAGCCCGGAUGGGAAGGAGAAGAAGGGCAUACUGGUCAAGAUCAUGGAGAAGUUGCCUGGUUACCACAAGGGCUCCGGCGAGGAUGACAAGACCUCUGCCGCCACCUCCGGCGAGCACAAGAGCAGCGCUUAAUUGCAGCGUGUGGAGACCAGGCCAUGAUUAGAAGUGUUUGGCGUGUGUUUGGUGCUUUUUCUGCACUUCAGCUUUGUUAUGUUCGUGUGAUCGUGUCAAGAUGGAUUGCACGGUCAAGGCCUGGUCAGUGAAGCCCGAUCAGUGAUCGAAGUUUGUGUUUGGUUUUGGGUAAGGGCUUCAGUUUGCUAGUCAGGUUUCUGGGAUGCUGGGUUUGUUUAAUUUAUUGGCACUCUUUGUAUUGGUUUUGGGCUGCUGGGCAUUCUGCCUUGGUAUUAAUGAUUUGUGCCAGAAUA